AGCCAUGACGUAGGUGAAACAAGAAAAGGGUUUCUAAGAUUUCUUUUCCUGAAUCUUACAACUCAUUAUUAAAGUGUAGAGGUUGGCAGAGAAAGCAAGAAAAAGAGAAGCUCAAAUCAGCUAAAUAGUUUGCUCCCAGACUUACUAUAAGAGGAUAAAAAAUAUGGGGAAAUGCAUGAGUUACUAUGACAGAUGCCAAAGACUUUUGGCUCUGGUAGUGGAAAUUGGGAGGCAAUGGUGAAAUGAAGUAAGAAAUUCCAGGGCCAGAAGGUGGAUGCAAGUCAGCAACGGCUUUUCCCAGGAGCUUGCUCUUUUUGGACAGCAUAAAAUAGAGGAUGCUGCUAUAACAUAUGUAACUGAAAAUGAAGAAAUUAAACACGAAGAAAAACCUGGAAAAAGCAUACAUCAUUCAAAACCACAUGUUGGAAGAGGACGUAUAUAUUAUGCUAAAUUCAUUAACACAAAUGCAAGAACAUACAAUGAACCAGUUCCCUACAUAGAUCCCAAAAAAGGGCCAGAAAUACAGGGUGACUGGUGGUCACAUGGUAAAGCACUGGAACCUGUCUUCCUACCACCUUAUGACUCUAAGAGCACCCAGAGGAGUGACUUCCAAAAACCAUCGUGUCCACUGGUUUUGCCAGUCAAACACAGCAAGACGCAAAAGCCUUCUUGUGGAAUAGUACCACUUGCCUCUCCUGGUACAUCAGCAGAACUUCAAAACAAUUUUAUAGAAUACAUCUCUUUUAUACAUCAAUAUGAUGCCAGAAAAACUCCGAAUGAGCCUCUCCAGGGAAAGAGACACGGAGCUUUUGUACAGAGAGAGAUAAAACCAGGGAGUAGGCCAACAGUUCCUAAAGGAGCAGAGGUAUUACUGAACACUCGAGGGUCACGUUCAUCAGAACAGUCCAAAAAAACAGAGAAAGGAAACUCAGCGGAAAGCAGAAUGAUCUCACCAGGUCUCUGCCAACAAAAUUCUCAGGAGCUGUUAGAGCCUAAAACUCACUUAUCAGAAACAGACGUCAGACAGGCAGCCAAGGCAUGCCCCAGCACUCCUGAGAGCAGAGAAAAGACCUCAGGCGCCACUCAAACAACUGUAGGAGAUGCUCUUUUCACUAGGCACAAGCCUUUAAAUCCACCAAUUAAAAAAUCAGAAUAAAUUACCUUCUUCAGAUAAAAAUCUAAUCCCUGGAAUAUAGGGAAAUUUCACAAUCAUCAUCUUGGCCCUCACAUUUACUUUUCUGUUAUCAGUAACUUCAGAACAUACAAUUUAUGUAAAUGGAAAAAGAGAAAAAAGACAAUUAAAAUACAACCAAAUGUUAUUAAUAA